AUGGUUUCUGACUUUCUCGCUGAUCGACACCGACUUCAGAAGGCUGUUAAAGGGAUUACAGUAUGGUGGAUGUGGUUUGCUAAAGCUGUGACUGGUGGAAAUGAUUCACCAUUCCUGUCCCUGAGAAAGAGAAACAAACAAAAACAUAAUUUUACAGAGCCUAUUUUUCUGGAGGUUCCCUCAUUUUUGUGCGUCUCCAUGGAGAUAGUCCAAAACCAAUCUCCUACCUUACCUGAAGAAAUGAUCUUUGAAGUUCUUACGAGGGUCACAUAUGAAACUCUCAAGCAAUGCAGGCUAACUUGCAAACGGUGGAACCAUUUAACCUAUGGUUCAACCUUCAUACAUCUGCACUGCCAAAGAACUGGCAUGGUGAAUGGAUAUUUCAUCCAAGCCUUUGAAAAGUACAGAAAGAAUUCUGUCUUUAUUUGCCAAGAUAGUUCACUUCUGGUUCACGAGUCACCUUCUUUGGGAUUCUUACCUGAGAGGGUGAAGAUUGAAGCAAUCUCCAAUGAAGGGUUGGUGUAUUGUGUAAGCUCUGGAUAUAAUGGUGUAAAACCAAGGUAUUACGUUUGUAAGCCUACUACUAAGGAAUGGGUGAAAAUGCCAAACCCUAAAACAAAAUUUUUGACUUACAAAACUGCCAUGAUUCUUCUUCAAUCUAAACCAUUGCAUUACAAGAUAGUGAGAUUCUCCGAGCCUCAAUAUCGCCAAUCUAGGCGAUAUUUCAUUAUCUUAUGUGAAAUUUUUGAUUCAGCUAGUGGCGUUUGGAAAUGGGCAAAGGACAUAAAAUUAGCCAUGCCUGAUUUCUUGAAUGAUGGAGUGGCUGUUUAUGCAAAGGGAGCAAUUCAUUGGCUCACAAACUGUGGGAAGAUACUAGCAUUUGAUGUUAGAAGUGAGAAAUGGAAGCUAAUUUCCUUGCCAAAACAACUAGUUGAUGAUAAUUAUGAGUCUUGUAGCAAAAAACUGGUUCAACAUGAAGGAAAACUAGCAAUUUUAUAUGAGAAAGGUGUCAAAUUGGAGAUUUGGGUGAUGGAGAAUUAUUUUAGGGAGGCUUGGAAGAUUGAAGAAGUGGUGGUGAACAGUUAUGGAAGUGUUAUUGAUCUCUUUGCAAAUGACGUUGCCCUUGUUUUAGGGUAUGAUACAGUGACAUGGUACAAUUUUCAUGGUGGAAAUUCAACUAAAUGUAAGGUUCAUAGGUAUUUUUAUCCUCAUAAUGUCUUUCCUUUCAACUCAGAUUUUGAGCCUGUGUUUCUGUCUGGUUAA